AUGAGUGGAAUUUUAAAGAGGAAGUUUGAAGAAGUUGAUGGCUCCUCACCUUGCUCCUCUGUGCGGGAAUCAGAUGAUGACAUUUCUAGCAGUGAAAGUGCCGACAGUGGUGAUAGUGUCAAUCCAUCCACUUCUAAUCAUUUUACCCCUUCUUCAAUCCUGAAGAGAGAGAAGCGGAAGAGAACAAAAAAUGUCCAUUUCAACUGUGUUACUGUGUAUUACUUCACAAGAAGGCAAGGCUUCACCAGUGUUCCUAGCCAAGGGGGGAGCACACUGGGAAUGUCUACUCGCCACAACAGUGUGCGCCAGUACACACUGGGAGAGUUUGCAAUGGAACAGGAGAGGCUUCACCGAGAGAUGUUAAGAGAGCAUCUAAGGGAGGAAAAACUUAAUUCUCUGAAAUUAAAGAUGACAAAGAAUGGUACAGUGGAAUCUGAAGAAGCUAAUACCCUGACACUGGAUGACAUUUCUGAUGAUGAUAUUGAUCUAGACAACACUGAAGUAGAUGAGUAUUUCUUUCUACAACCCCUGCCAACAAAAAAGCGAAGGGCAUUGCUGCGAGCUUCUGGAGUGAAGAAGAUUGAUGUGGAAGAAAAACACGAGCUUCGGGCCAUCCGCCUGUCCAGGGAGGAUUGUGGCUGUGACUGCCGUGUCUUCUGUGAUCCAGAAACUUGCACUUGCAGUCUUGCAGGCAUAAAAUGUCAGGUGGAUCGUAUGUCUUUUCCAUGCGGUUGUACUAAAGAAGGGUGUAGCAAUACAGCAGGUAGAAUUGAAUUUAAUCCUAUCCGUGUACGGACUCACUUUUUGCACACAAUAAUGAAGCUUGAAUUGGAGAAAAAUAGAGAGCAGCAAGUUCCGGCACUAAAUGGCUGCCACAGUGAGAUAAGUGCACACACUAAUUCUGUGGGUCCAGGGCCCCAUCCGGUUGAAUAUUCAAUUGCAGAAAAUUUUGAGAUUGAGACUGAACCUCCAGCUGCGGUUAUGCAUUCUCAGGCAGCUGAGGACUUGGACUGCCCAGGGGAAGAGGAGGAAGAGGAAGAUGGGAGUAGCUUCUGUAGUGGAGUUACAGAUUCUAGCACACAGAGUUUAGCCCCUAGUGAAUCAGAUGAUGAUGAAGAGGAAGAGGAUGAUGAGGAGGAAGAUGAUGAGGAAGAAAAAGCAGAUGAUUUUGUAGACAGCAUGGGCUCCCAUGCUGAUAUGGUGCCUCUUUCUUCUGUCCUUUGCUACUCUGAUGGAACAGCUGUGCAUGAAAACCAUUCUAAAAAUGCCUCAUACUAUACUAACUCUUCAAAUCUGUAUUACCAAAUAGAGAACCAUGUUGCUGGCACUGCUAACCAGAUCAGUGAGACUUACUCUGAAAGGGAAGCUGUCAAGAACAGUAGUCUUUCCCUGGUGCCUUACAACAUGACUUCAGAACAGUUUGUUGACUACACACGGCAAUCAGAGGAAUCCUUUAGCAGCCCUCAUUACCCUUCUGCAAACCCCUCAGUGAUUGUUUGCUGCUCAUCUUCUGAAGGUGAGAGCAGUGUUCCAUGUAACAAUUUAUACACUGAGCACAGGCCAACUCACCCUCAAGUGGAAUUUCACUCAUACUUGAAAGGUCCUUCUCAAGAUGGCUUUGUUUCAGCUUUGAAUGGCGACAGUUGUGUACAUGAGCACCCUGCAGAGAGUUCACUCAGCCUCCCAGAAAAGAGCAGACUGCACGAAGAGUGCAUCAAACCACCAGUAGUAGAAACAGUACCUGUUUAA